AUGGCCAUUCCAGAGGACGCUGCUCUACUCCCUCCUCCCACACAGGUCAACGACACACACAAGCAUUACGAUGUAGCCAUUGCGGUCAUAUUAAUGAUGGUAACUGCAACUAAUGUAACCGUAGGGCGCCUUGUAUCUCGAAGGAGCUCCCGUGCUUUUCGGAACGACGACUGGGCCAUGAUAUCAGCACUACUUUUGUACAUUGGUCACGGCAUCAUGAUAGUAUAUUGUAAUUUAUAUGGCGGAUCUGGUAAAACACUAUGGGAGGUAAUAGUAGCUGACACAUACUACUUACUACAGGGGAUCGUUGCACCAGCGUUCACCUACCCAGCGAUGACUGCCGCAGUUCGAGUCUCGAUCCUCCUAUUCCACCAUCGCAUUUUCGGACUCACCGAAAUGGUGGCACGGUGGUCAAUAUGGGCUUGCUUCAUUCUGACAUUCGUAUAUGUGGUUAUAUUCACAGUUAUUCCCGGAGUAAUCUGUACGCCACUCUCGGCAGCAUGGCAUCCCCUUACGAGAAAGAUACACUGCAAAAGCGAUCAGUUGUACUACGACUACAAUGUCGCACUGUAUAGCUCGAGCCUUGGAAUGGACGUUUUGCUUCUUAUACUCCCCGUAGCACCGGGUAUGCGACUGCAAUUGCCACUCAAGCGACUCCUGGGUGUCUUGGUCAUGUUCGUUCUUGGGAUAUCGUCACUAAUCCUGAAUUCAGAGCAUGCAUCAUACAAGCUUGCCAUCUAUGUCAUGCAAUGGGGAAGAACAGGCGAUACCGACCCUAGCUGUAGGUACUUCAUCAUAUAG